AUGGCGCUGAGUCUAAACUGCAGGACUAAUCCCAAAGAGCAGGCAUCAGUUCAGAACAGUUUCCCAGAUGUUGUUGAAUUAAACGUCGGGGGACAGGUUUAUUACACGCGUCAUUCAACUUUGGUGAGCACCCCAAAUUCGCUGCUCGGUAAGCUAUUUUCUUCUAAAAAAGACGCAUCUAACGACUUAGCAAGAGACCCCAAGGGUCGAUAUUUCAUUGACAGAGAUGGCUUUUUAUUCCGGUACGUGUUGGACUACCUCCGGGAUAAGCAAGUUGUCCUCCCGGACCACUUCCCGGAAAAAGGGAGGCUCAGAAAAGAGGCUGAAUACUUCCAGCUGCCCGACCUGGUGAAGCUGCUGACCCCUGAGGAUAUCAAGCAAAGCCCGGACGACUACUUCCACAGCGACUAUGAAGAUGGGUCCCAGGGCAGCGACCACCGGCAGUGCCCGCCACCCUCUCUCGUUCCCGCGGACAGAAAGAGCGGGUUCAUCACUGUGGGGUAUCGAGGGUCGUGCACCAUGGGCCGUGAGAGUCAGAGUGACGCCAAGUUCAGGAGGGUACCUCGGAUACUAAUAUGCGGCAGGGUAGCCCUUGCCAAAGAAGUGUUUGGGGAGACGCUGAACGAGAGCAGGGACCCGGACAGGACCCCGGAUCGGUACACCUCCCGGUUUUACCUCAAGUUCAAGCACCUGGAGAGAGCUUUUGACAUGCUGUCGGAGUGUGGUUUCCAAAUGGUGGCCUGCAACUCGUCAGUCACAGCUUCGUUCGUCAACCAGCACACAGAGGACAAGAUCUGGUCCAGCUACACAGAAUACGUUUUCUACCGUGGUCCAUCACGUUGGUCGUCCCCUCCAUGUGACUGCUGCUGCAAGAACCACAAAGGUGACGGCGAGGGCGAGAGCGGCACCUCCUUUAAUGAGCUCUCCACCUCUAGCUCUGAGAGCCAGUCAGAGGCCAGCUCUCCCCAGGGAACAGUCAUCUGUGGCCCAGUAAGUCGCCAGUCGCAUCCCCGUGCCAAUGUCCAAACCCUGGACAGGCCGCUGAAAAAGGGCCCUGUCACCAUGGUCCAGCAGUCUGAACAACGACGCAAGAGUGACUUGCUGCGCACUCUUACAGCCAGCUCCCGUGACACCAGCAGCUGCAAGAAAAGGCCCACAAAAGAGAAGCUCACAGUUGAGGAGGAGCUGGAAAAGUGCAUUCAAGACUUCCGCAAGAUUAAGAUCCCAGAGAGGUUCCCCGAGAGGAAGUACAUGUGGCAGGCUGACCUGCUGAGAAAAUAUCGUCUCUGAGCCAGGAAACACAGCUGAAGGA